UUGGUUCCAUAGUUACAUGGCCAAUAGAAGCCACAAAAGCCACAAUCUCUACAUUGUGGGUGAGCUUGAGGAACUUUUCUGCGACACCGGCGGCAGCGACACGACCUGAUUAUGACUAGGAUGAGCAUAGAUCGCGUCCAUAACCAUUGCUACAAGUAGACUACACACCAAUGGUUUCUCGUGCACUUGAACGUCCUCCACCACUACUUGCUUUUAUUCCGUAUUUUGCAAGGUAGGUAAAGUCGGCGUGUGAAGGACGAGGAUAAUAGUCCAUUUCCCCGUAAUCAUGGGGCCGCUGAUCUUGAUUUGGCACCGUCAUGGCAAUGGGUGUACCAAGGGUGAACCCCUUCUCAGUACCCGAGAGAAUUGACACCCGGUCUUUUUCGUCGCGCUGUAGUAAAAACGCAUGAGCGUUGCCAUCCUCUAUCGCAGAGUGCGGUCUCUUGCCCAAAAAAACUAACUGGAGUCGUCAAAUUGCUUUGACCAGGCCUUCUUCUACUCAGUUGUGGUUGUACGUCAUCUUCCGUUAAUGGCAUUCCUGGUGGAACGCCGUCUACAAUUACCCCCACGGCCUUGCAAUGCGACUCGCCAAAGGUGGUCACUCGAAAAUUGCUGUGGGUGGGAUCAGGUAGAUCAGCAUGAUGCAUUCAAUAGUUUAAGAACAAUAAAAAUCCAGUCUACCUUCCAAAACUACUCAUAAUGGCGAUAGGACUGAUUUAUCGAAUUGGUAGGUAUGCGAAUACGUUCAAAUCCCCAAGAAGCUCCCACAAUUCUCGUCGUGGUCUCGUCCAUCAAAAUCAUCGAACGAAUUGCCAAAUGUAGAUGAGAUUAGUGAGUCCAGCCGGAUAACUAGCCAAUAAACCAAUUUGAAUUUUGGAAUGUGCAAAAUCCGUGUUUUCGCACUCUUGGACUUUGCUAGUUGCAAUGGGUCUGCACAAGCGACGGCACCUGAAUUCAAAGGACCCUUUGGAACACCAGACUGGUACAUCGAGUCGUACUGCGCUUCUAUCCAGCCAUUUAGGUCGUCCGAACGGGCACGCAAUGGUAAACCGGUCGGCCAAGUCGGGGACGGAGCCCAAUGGCGCUGCAUUGCUAGAGGAACUGCUGAGAAGAAGACGAAAACGGCGGAAGGAGAAGAAGGAGCGGAAGGAGCGCAAGCGGCGUAGAGAGUCCAAUGAGGAAAGUGGAUGGCGGGUCUCUGUUGUUGCCCCUACCGUGGGCGGUGCUGCCUCGAACGGGCAGAGCUCUCAGUCAGACCUAAAUGGACAACCGCUUCAACAGCCAGAGGAGGACCCAGCUCUGCCCAGCCAACCUUUGGCUGAACGUCGCACACUUGAUAAUGGUGUGAAUGGCUUGAGGGUUACUAACGGGCUGGCUAAGGGCAUUGAGAAGGAUUUGGUUCCUUCCGCUAUCGCAGCCAAUGGCUCGUCAGGAACACACAACGACAAAGUGAAAACGAGAAUAAAGUCAAAAAGUUUAGGAAAUGGUCAUACCCCGUCAACUUUGACAAACGGCAGCCAGCAUGUGCACAAGGAAGGGAAAAAGCACAAACGGAAACACCAAGCAAGCCCUUUGGCUCAACGCCUCCAAGCAGAGAGGGAAGCGUUGCCUAUCUAUAAAGCCCAACGAGCCAUCACCGAUGAAAUAAUGCGUCAUCAAUCCGUGGUCAUUGUUGGCGAAACUGGUUCCGGUAAAACGACCCAAAUACCCCAGUUCCUGGACGCAGCCGGUCUCACCCAGCAGGGUAUCAUUGCCAUCACGCAACCUCGUCGAGUUGCUGCCAUCUCUAUUGCCAAACGUGUUGCAGAUGAGUUGGGCACAAAGCUUGGCGACAAAGUCGGAUACUCGAUCCGAUUCGACGAUACUACAUCACCGUCUACCAAGAUCAAGUACAUGACCGACGGUAUGCUUUUGCGAGAACUGUUGUCCGAUAACAAGUUGAAGAGAUAUUCCGCAAUCAUUUUGGAUGAAGCCCAUGAGCGUACUUUACGAACAGAUAUACUUUUCGGCAUGGUCAAGGCUAUUCAGAAAGAAAGGAAGGAUUUAAAGAUCAUUAUCAUGUCCGCCACGUUGAACGCAGAGAGGUUUUCGCAAUAUUUUGACAAUGCGAAAGUCAUUUAUGUCGCCGGCAGACAGUUUCCCGUUCGAACAUUCGCAGCUGUACAGCGACAGGAAGACUACGUAGAUGCCGCCUUGGUUGCCACCUUUCAGCUGCACAUGGAAGAACCGCGUGGUGACAUUUUAGUGUUUUUGACCGGUCAGGAAGAAAUUGAUAAUCUACAAAAAUUGAUUGAAGAGAAUGCUCGGAAUCUUCCGCCAAAGUGUCCCAAGAUUAUCGUGACCCCCAUUUAUGCCAAACUCCCAGCCGAUCAACAAGCCAAAGUGUUUGAACCAACACCACCAGGAACCCGUAAGAUCAUCCUGUCUACAAAUGUCGCCGAGACGUCCAUCACCAUCAGUGGAAUUCGAUAUGUGGUUGAUACCGGUAUGGCAAAGGUCCGGUCAUACAACUCAAAGAUUGGAAUGGAGUCUCUGGUCGUACAACCUAUAUCCAAAGCCUCAGCUCGACAACGAUCUGGACGAGCUGGGCGUGAAGCCCCUGGGUUCUGCUACAGGCUCUACAGUGAGGAAGCGUUUGAUAGUCUUCCUGAAGAUUCCGAGCCAGAGAUUAUGAGGUGCAAUUUGGCAAGUGUGAUCUUACUCUUGAAGGCAUCGGGUGUGGAUGACGUUGUCGGCUUUGACUAUAUGGAUCGCCCAUCAAGAGACUCAAUCAUUCGCGCACUUGAACAACUCUAUGCCCUCGGUGCAUUGAACGACGAUGGAAGGUUAUCGUCGUUGGGCCGUCAAAUGGCCGAACUUCCGCUGGACCCCGUAUACUCGAAAAUCUUGAUCCAAUCAAAAGCCUUCAAAUGUACCAAAGAAGUGAUAUCCAUCAUCGCAAUGUUAUCGGUCGACCUAGUGUUUUAUACCCCCAACGAUAAACGCGAACAGGCCGGCCAAGCCCGCAAACGGUUUAUGAACUACGACGGUGAUCAUAUCACGCUAUACAAUGUACUCAAGGGGUAUCAAUCCGUCCAUGGCGAUGCCGGCUGGUGCACCGAGAACUUUAUCAGUGGGCGGUCAUUAAAGCAAGCCUUGGAUAUUCGAAAGCAGUUGGUGACGUUUGCGGAAAGGAUGGGAAUAGAUACAUCCGUUUCGUGCGGGACGGAUUUUGAUCCCAUUUUAAAGUGCUUCCUUACUGGAUGCUUUCAGAAUGUGGCAUUGAGGACACCAACGGGAGAAUAUAAGACCAUGAUCGGAAAUCAGACGGUAUUUAUCCACCCUUCGUCUGUAUUGUUUGGAAAAAAGCCCGUUGCGGUUUUGUACAAUGAACUGAUGCACACAACAAGGCAAUACAUGCGGAAUAUAUCCGUCAUUCAACCACAGUGGCUCUUAGAGUGUGCACCGCAAUACUACGGUCGGGGAGAGGCCCCUGCCGCGCGGUAAUUGAUUUGUAGAACAGGUGGAUAGAAGAUGGGACGUGAGUUCAUCCAAACGUUCAUGUAUAUAUAGCAUUUGUUGUGACAUGUUUCCACAUUUUGGACAAUAUUUAAAAAAACAGUUUUUUGCAUCAUG